AUGGUUUUCGUCUGUCUUUGUUCUAAAAACUUACUGGAUGACUGUUCAGCUGUCAAAGCGAAAGAACGGAACGUUUGUUUCUUCAAAACUAGUUUCAAAGCUGUAGUAAAUCUCGUGCAGGCCAGUUCCUCGUACGGCACGCCUUCAGACCUCAGCCCAGUGACACCAUUCUUCUCUGCCAGCUCUGAAUCAGCCGAGGCUUCUAUUUCACGCGCCUCCACGCCCAGUUUCCGCAAGUCAGCAGUGAGACCUAAGGACGUCAUAAAGCGUCUUCAAGCCAAGGUCUCGCGCUACAGGAAGGCCAUCACAAGACUGCGGAAGCAAGAGCAGAAGCCGCCUCAGACAGCUACAGAAGCCCUCGCCAUGAUUCGCCCUCAUGUCACUGAGGAGGUAUUCCAGCUGGUGUCAAGUCAUGUGAAACUGAGGUCGAAGGGCAGGGGAAAAAGAUUUCCGCUGUGGCUAAAAAAGUUUGCCUUGCACCUAAACUUCUGUGGGCCGCAAGCGUACCGAUUUUUGUCCACACAUUUCACUCUGCCAUCUCGGCGCUCCUUGAGAAGGUGGCUAUGUAAUAUCAAAAUGACACCCGGAAUUAUUCCAGGCGUAAUGUCGUCUAUCUCGACCAAGACGCAGUCGUGGAAUGAACGGGACCGAGUCUGUAGCCUCGUCUUUGACGAGAUGGUCCUAAAAAAGAACUUGGCCUAUGAUGUCACUCAGGAUGUCGUUCAAGGAUUUACGGACGAUGGCAUCGAACGCACUUCCACAAUCGCAGACCGAGCCUUGGUUGUCCUACUCUCUGGUAUUUCUAAGAGGUGGGUUCAGCCUGUCGCCUACACUAUUGGUCAUACAUCGACGCCAUCGACCGUACUUCGUAACUUGCUGACAUCCCUGAUCGAACAGCUAAAG